AUGUUCCUCCUCGUCGGCCGCUCUUGCCCACUCCAGACCGCUUUCCUCGUCGCCCGCGCUUUCCCUCAUCACCCUCCCCGACCCUCUGGUCGCAUAUGUUCCCCUAGUUGCCCGCGCUCUCCCACGUUAACCACACAUCCCCUCGUCGCAAUUGCUGAUAGUAAACAUACCGCGCUUCAGAUCGUCACCCGCGCUCCCCUCAUCACCCUCGUCGACCCGCACCGAUCCUCGCCGCCCUCACCUCCCUUGGUCACCCACAUUCCCUCUCGUCGCUCGUGCUUCCCCUCAUCACCCAUGCCGACCCUCGCCGCCCUCGCCUCCCCUCGCCGCCCUCGCCUCCCCUCGUCGCCCGCGCGUCUCGUCGUCGGGCUUGCCUCCCAGUCACUCGCGCUUCCCCUCGUCAUCCGCGUUUCCAGCCACUCUUCCCCUCUCCCCAUCUCACCAUCUCCACCCGUCCUUCCUCCCUCAUUCCUUCCGAAGGGGUGGGACAGAUGGGGAGGAACAGAUGGGGAGGAACAGAUGGGGAGGAACAGAUGGGGAGGAACAGAUGGGGAGGAACAGACGGGGAGGAACAGACGGGGAGGAACAGACAGGGAGGAACAGAUGGGGAGGAACAGAUGGGGAGGAACAGAUGGGGAGGAACAGAUGGGGAGGAACAGACGGGGAGGAACAGACGGGGAGGAACAGACGGGGAGGAACAGAUGGGGAGGAACAGAUGGGGAGGAACAGAUGGGGAGGAACAGAUGGGGAGGAACAGGUGGGGAGGAACAGAUGGGGAGGAACAGAUGGGGAGGAACAGAUGGGGAGGAACAGAUGGGGAGGAACAGAUGGGGAGGAACAGAUGGGGAGGAACAGAUGGGGAGGAACAAAUGGGGAGGAACAGGUGGGGAGCAACAGAUGGGGAGGAACAGAGCACCUGCCCCCGUUCCCCCCAUCCUCUUCCCUGUCUCCCCGUAUCCCCUGCCGUGCUUCCCCCCAUCCUAUCCCCUCUUCCCCCGUAUCCCCUGCCCUGCUUACCCCCAUCCCCUUCCCCGCUUCCCCUCAUCCCCUUCCCUGCUUCCCCCCAUCCCGUUCCCUGCUUCCCCUAAUCCCCUUCCCUGCUUCCCCUCAUCCCCUCCCCUGCUUUCCCCCAUCCCCCUCCCUGUUUCCCCCCAUCCCCUUCCCUUCUUCCCCCCAUCCCCUCCCUUGCUUCCUCUCAUCCCCUUCCCUGCUUCCCCCCAUCCCCUUCCUUGCUUCACCCCAUUCCCUCCCCUGCUUCACCCCAUCCCAUCCCCUGCUUCCCCCCAUCCCCUCCCUGCUUCCCCCCAUCACUUUCCCUGCUUCCCCCCAUCCCCUGCCCUGCUUCCCCCCAUCCCCCUCCCUGUUUCCCCCCAUCCCCUUCCCUGCUUACCCCCAUCCCCUUCCCUGCUUCCCCCCAUCCCCUUCCCUACUUUCCCCCCAUCCCCUUCCCUGCUUCCCCCCCUGCUGCCUCCCAUCACUCUCAUUCUCCUUCCUCCCGCACUCACUCUCUCAGUCCUCUCGCACUCUCUCUCUCCGUCCUCUCGCACUCGCACUCUCCUUCCCACCACCCUCAGCCCUCCUUCCCCUCACCCUCUCCCCUGUUUCCACCUGCCCUCGCCAUCCCUGCCUUUCCCUCCCUGCCCUGCCCUUCACUUCUCCAUCCCUUCUCAACCCUUCCCUUUCAUGUCAUGCCCUCCCCUUCCCCCUCACCUUCCGCCCUCCAGUUACCAUGCAUGUGCACCCAUCACUGUCUCCCCAUACCGGUGA